CUGGGACUUGAGGUCCGAAGCCUAUUUCUCCAAGUUAAAUAUAAGGGCCUGUGGAAACAUGAAGAGGGUAAACAGCUGUGUGAAGAGUGAGGAGCAUGUUCUGGAGGAGCUGGAAACAGAAGGGGAGAGGCAGCUGAAAAGCCUCCUUCAACAUCAACUUGAUACUUCUGUCUCCAUCGAGGAAUGUAUGUCUAAGAAAGAGAGUUUUGCUCCUGGUACUAUGUAUAAGCCCUUUGGGAAGGAAGCAGCUGGUACCAUGACUUUAUCCCAAUUCCAGUCGCUACAUGAAAAAGACCAAGAAACUGCUUCUCUCAGGGAACUAGGGCUCAAUGAAACAGAAAUCUUGAUCUGGAAGAGCCAUGUUUCAGGUGAAAAGAGGACAAAACUGAGGGCAACUCCUGAAGCAAUACAGAACCGUCUUCAAGAUAUUGAAGAAAGGAUCUCAGAGCGUCAGCGCAUUCUUUGCCUGCCACAGAGAUUUGCAAAGAGCAAACAGCUGACUAGACGAGAUAUGGAAACAUACCACAAAAAGACAAGUGCAGACAAGUACAUGACCUCAAUGAAGAGGAAGAUAAAAUUAGGCACAAAAGAUGAACCCCAAAAGAAGAACAAAGGUGAUCCCAUGAACAACCUGGAAAAUUUUUACCAAGAGAUGAUAAUGAGAAAACGUCUUGAAGAAUUCCAACUUAUGAGAGGUGAACCCUUUGCUUCCCACUCACUGGUCUCAGCUGCAUCAGCGGGUGAUAGUGGCACAGCUGAGAACCCAUCAUUACUCCAGGACAAGGGAAAACAGGCAGCACAGGGUAAAGGUCCCAGUCUCCAUGUGGCAAAAGUUAUUGAUUUUUCACCUGAGCAGUGUUGGACUGAGCCUAAGAAGCUGACGCAGCCAAUAGAAUUUGUCCCAGAAGAUGAGAUCCAGAGAAAUCGUUUGUCAGAGGAAGAGAUCCGAAAAAUUCCUAUGUUUUCUUCAUAUAAUCCAGGGGAGCCAAACAAGGUGUUAUACCUGAAGAACCUUAGCCCUCAUGUGACUGAAAGAGAUCUUGUGUCAUUGUUCGCUCGGUUCCAGGAAAAAAAAGGGCCUCCGAUUCAAUUUCGAAUGAUGACUGGACGUAUGAGGGGGCAGGCUUUCAUCACCUUUCCCAGUAAGGAUAUAGCAUUUCAAGCAUUGCAUCUAAUAAAUGGAUAUAAACUGCAUGGAAAAAUACUGGUGAUAGAGUUUGGAAAGAACAAAAAGCAACAGUCAGAUCUACAGACUACUUCUCUCAUAUCAUGUGCUAAUGAUAGCACUACCGAAAUCAGUGGUAGCUAGAAUAUAUACAGGUUAUAAGUCCUGGAUGGUCUUUCUCACA